AUGCUCACAAAGAAACACGCCUUGGACGACGAUUUUGAAUCGUCUCGAAACGUAAAAAUCGAAAGCAAUGUGGACUAUCUCUCGUACAAAUUUGAUGAAAUGGACCUUGCGGCAUCCUGGCGCAUGUUGACAAAGCAAAAGUUAACUAUUGUGAAUGGUAUUCGACUUGAAAAUGCGUCUUGGAGGACAUGGGCUAAACAGAGGAACAACCUCAAGACUGUGAGUCCAGAUACAUUGAAUUGGCUGAAGGAUAGCGAUGUCACUUGGCUGUAUGGCCCUCUGAACAUUGUCAUUAAAAACAUGGACGAAGAAGAUCGUUACGCCAAGCCGAAAGUAUCUACGACCGAAGAUACCUAUGGCUUAAUGACCUCUCCUCCACCACCACCAUCAUCAGCUGCAGCAGCAUCACAAUCUCAACCUGUGACUAAUGAUCAUCGAGAUAGUGAAUCUGUGGAAGCAAGCUCAGUACCACCUAAACAAUCACUUUUAUCUAGUCCACUGGCAGACACUCCAUCCUCUGUCUCGCCAGCCAGCAUGUCGUCUGCACAAGCGCCGAAACCGCUCAAAUCUGCCUUGAAGAAAGUGACCAUGUCAGAUUUAUUAAAGAGAUCUGCCUCAGAAUUACAAAUCAACAACAAUCUAUCCAGCAAUAUUUCUAUAUCAGAAGCUAACGAGCAACUUGGUGCAUUCUCGCCUGCCGUUAUCGCCAGCCAUAGACAGCCUAAAUUACGAUUCAACCAGUAUGUCGAGCAAUGUGUCGCAUUAUCUUCGAAUCCAAUGAACAAAAAGAAGACAUCUCGUGUGAGAAUGGCUAAUAUGGAUGAUGUCAUGGAUAAUGAUGAAGCAACAGAAGACGAAGACGGCACGACAACUGAGGAAGAUUAUGAUCCGGAUGAUUCAGAUGGAGGCAGUGUUAUCAUGAUGCGUUCUUCCAAACCCCACAAGCUGAGAUCCUCUAUCAAGAAAAUCGAGCCAGCACUGCUGAAAACCAAUUCCAGAUCUGACCACGACUCUGUCGCUUCUGAUGAUUCAUCAUCGGAUGAAGACAGCAUCAUGCUGAUGCCCUCCAGUAGCAAAGGCCAUAGAACAAGCCGCUAUCAUUACAAGCAGGCUCCCAUUGAUGCAGAAACAUGGGAUGCAGAGAGUGCUGAAUCAGAUGCGUUUGUGAAGCAUAUCAUCAAUGCAUCAAAGGGCAAACGGCCCAUCACCAAAGACCCAGCAGCAGAUAGGAUACCAGUAGAGUCAGUCGCUUAUGAUACAGAUGUGGUAGAUGUCAUGCAGCCAAAGUCGGAUUAUGAUUAUGAAUUUGAUGAUGACGACUGGGAUUCACAUAGCGAGCACAUGGAAGACGGACCAUCCGCAUUCAGUACUCCAGAAUUUUAUACGCCUGUUGCACCAGCGCCUCCUGUUGGAUGUCAAAUUGCCAAAGCACCAGCAAACAAUCAAUCUGUAUUACAGACUGUGAGACCAAAGGUGGAAAGAAGCCUGAGUGACACAAAGGCAUCCGACGAAAUACAGCAGCAAUAUGACAACAACCAUAGCGGAAGCAAUGUGAGUAGUAGCAACAGCAGUAACAGCUCGCUUUUCAGUAGCAUUGCACAUUGGGCAUCUUCUCAUCUUUGGCCAGCCGACGAUUCGAAAAGAUGA